AUGUCACUCGAAACACUCGAAGAUAUGGGUGAGUUUCCGGUUUUUGCGACUAUUCAUGAAACAUACGAUUUUCAGACCCAUUCCCGGGCGCCGAUGACUCGGGCGGGCUUCUCGAGCCGAACAUGAUUCCGGCGGUGGCCACUGAAGUUGUCAUGUCCGGAGACGGAGCGGUAAUUAUUUCGAAAUUUAUAGGGGACAAGAACUUGAGCUACAGAAAUAUAGCCAUAAUUUUGUACUGGCGUGGCGCUCUGUUUCAAUUGUGAUCUUCAGCCCGGCGCCAACAGAAAACAUAGAAAAUUCUUCCCAAAUUCGAGUGAGAAACAACCGACACUCAACAAAAAGAGGGAUUUUUGAACAGAGCGCAUUCACAUUAAAAAGCCUGAUAGUAUUAAUGUAGAGAGUUUUUUAAUCGAAAACUCAUUCUAGAACUCUAUUCAGUUUCAGGACUUCCCGGGCGCCGGCGCCGAUGACGAAUAUCAGUACGAAUAUGCAUACGAGGACGCCGAUGAUCCGCAUCAUCUUCAAAUGGAAGAGGAAGAAGUGGUGGUGACCGAGGAGGAGUACCCGGGAGCGUGGAAAGAGGCUUCACACAAGUAGGAAUCCCUGAAAAUGUAGAGAAAUGUCUGAAAAUCUCGUCUUUUGCAGAAAAAUCAACCUGUACGACGUGCUCGACGAUCACAGCAAGAUUUACAUGGAGGAGAAGCCGUCGAAACGAAGCCGUCUGGGCCAUGACUCGCAAUUCGGAGAAGUCUAUCAAACGGAAACGCCCGGCGGAGAAGAAUCGGCGGCCGGAGACUUUGCAUUCGCGCCCGGAGAAGUGGAAGAAUACCGCGAGUACACGGUCUACACGAAUCGGGCCAACAAGCCGGUGGCGCACCAUCAGACGAACGCGGCCGACCGAUCAUGCCCCGGAUGCGGAAUGACGCUCCGCAGAUCCGUUUACUAUCAUCACGCGAGAAUGAUCCGCGAGAAAGGCGCUUGCAAUCUGUUCACGCCGCAGAGAUUCCCUUGUACUGAGGUAGGUGUCUGGAAUUGACUUUUUUGAGAGUUACACAUUAAUACCGAGUCAUUAUUCGUUUCAAAAUUAAAAUCGUUUUCGAAAAUUCCCCUAAAAACGCGAUUUCAGUGUGACGCCCGUAUCGGAACACUGGAAAAGUUGUGUCAACACAUGGAACAGAUCCACAAUGCGCCGACGCAAAUCAAAACUGUCAUCUUUACGAAUGAAGAGGAUUUCAAGGCGUUCCGCAUCGAGUUGGAAGGAAAAGGAGGCAAUUUUAGGAUGGCGAGAGGAAACAAAAAGAAUAAGGUACUGACUGGAGAAUAUGAAGAAAAUGAAAAGGUUUCAACUUUCAGAAAGGAGUCGUGCAAUAUUUCCGUUGUAAUCGCCUCCAAACCCUCGCGCGAUCGCAAACGUUCCGUCCGGUCGACAAUCCGGCCCUUGAGGAGCUGCCGUCGAAUCGGAAACGCGGAAGACUGCAUCAGCAAGAGUUGAGGGCGCAAAGUGCGAAACAAGUGAUUCGGACGGAGAACUCGUGCACCGCAUUCUACAAUAAGGCCUAUCUUGAUAAUGGGUACGUACUGAAAAAAUGAAGAAAACCCCGAGAAAACUAGUUUCUUGUCCAAAAUCAUCAUUUCCUGCAGAACAAUCGAAGUUCGCUACUGUGAUCACCAUUUGCACGACGACGAGAAGCUGAGACUUCCGGAUGCGGUGCGCAAGCGGGUGAUCGAGCUGGCACGCAAGAAUCUGCCGCACGUGGUCAUUCUGAUGAUUGUCAAAGACGAGAGAUUCAAGUUUUGCGACCGCAACUCGGCCAACGAUCGACGCAUUCAAGAGAUGAAGACGCAAGACAUUCGACAAGUGCUCGCCGGAAACAAUCGCGCUGAAAAGAGUGCGUUUUCGAGAAGAAGUCUCAUUUAAUCAAGCUCAAUUUCAGAAGAUUCAGCUCGUGCGCAACGUGGCGAACAGCAACGCGAAACCUCAUUCGAGAAGCAUCACAACGGAGAUGAGUAUCAGCCGGCUACUGAGUACGAUCCGACAUCGGUGUGGAACGAUCCGAGACCCAGUAAGAACUACUUCCAGAAAAAUAAUCUAGAGCAAAUUGAGAGAAUCAAACAAAAAAAUUUCCUUUCACACAUCCUCACUGAAAAAAAACGGAUAUUAAAUUUUCAGUUACCAAAGUGGAACGCUCGUACCUCUCAAACACGGAAACCCGCUAUUUGGAUCUGUUCGAGGCGAAUCGCGAGGAGAUAAUGGCCCGUUUGAACGAGAAAACGCGUGCCGAACAGGACAAAAAGUAAGGGAUGACUGAAGUUGUCACAACUUGGCAAAAAACUCGAAAAGCUAGGAGGCUUGAAUUCAGUGCAUUUUGUCAAAAAAAAAGUGAAAAAUUAGGAAAAUUAGUACGGCGAGGGGCGGAGCUUGCACUGUCAAGUUACUGUUAAUUAACAAAUUCUGCACACGCCACGCCGCAAAACUGAAACGAUAAAGAGAACAAUGAAAUUAUGUUUUUCAGAAUGCUGUACGACUCGUUCAUCCACCGUCUCUCGUCUUCGCACGAAGUGUUCAAACACCUCCACCCACGCCAAAUCGUCGCCAACGAGGGAACACUUUUGAAACUGAAAAAGGCGUUCAAUUUGCUGACGAAGAUCGAGGCGGUUCUUUUGAAUCCGCGCAGAGAGACGGGCGCGCCAGUCCACUUCAGUUCGUACAUUCGGAUGAUGGAGGACGAGUAUCGGCUUGAACGAGCCCGCAGUUUGGAGCACUCCGAGCAGGAACGGCGGGCGGAAGUCGAUGGGGAAGAAGUGAGGAACACGGGCGGAGCGGGCGCCGAGGAGAUUGACGUGGUGGGCCUCGACGAGGAGGAGUACCAUCACAUGCACCAUCGGGGACAAGAAGUGGAGGAAGAGGAAGUGGGACGGUAUCAUCAUCACGAAGAGGAGACGGACGAGUUCCCGACGGCCAUGGAAGAGGACGACUACUUGCGCGGACAGAUUGUCGAAGAGGAGGAAGUUGAGAUUGAGAUGGAGCAAGGUCAGGAAGAGGAGGAGCUGGUGGAUCCGGAAACGGUCGAGGAGGAGGAGGAGGAGAUACAUGUGGAAGUGCACGAGGAGCAAGAAGGAGCAGAUGAGGAGAUGGUACGGGAAGAGCUUCACAAUUCUAAAUGAAAAUAGUUUUUUUUUUCUGUAGUCGCUGAAAGAUUUGCGUUUCAGAAGCUUCUCAUGAUAAUUUUUGAGUUCCUUUCACUCAAAGCAAAAAAAAAAACGUUUGAAUUUUCAGAACGGCGACGAGGAAGAAAAGGAAGGCGAAUCGGCCGAGCCGACGGUGACGAGAGCCGGACGAAUUGUGAAGAAGAAACCGCUUUUCGAAUCUUAA